AUGGACGACAGCUGCGAUGAUUGUAUGCCCUCCUACCUCCACAGUCGCGGACUGAUGGGAGCGCCAUCGCUAUCCGUACUACUCUCCACUCUACCUUUCCAGAUCACAUUCGUCGCCGUUGUUACGCUCGCAAAUUACCGACUUCUCCCGCUUGUGUCCAGCGAUGCGCCGCGCACUGUUCCCGACCGACUCCCGAUCUACAACAAAGAUGCGAAGAAGGAUCCGAACUCAAAGAAAUGGCGCGCGAAGAUCCAUAAACCCUCGGCGAAAAAAGUUGCUUCGGAAGUGUUCUCCACAAGCAUUGGCCUGUCCGCGGUUCUGGUUGAGCUCCUGUUGUGCGAAGUCUCGAACUUUUUGCAACCUGCCGCCAGAGCAUUGGCGCUGCGACUCACCUUGAGUUCGCUGCUCAUCUUGGUCAUUCUGAUCAUACCGGCGCUGGAAAUACACGGAAUCGCAAAAGUUGUAUUUGGGACACCUGCGGCGUCGGUUGCGAAUACGAAGUCGCGAUGGAGAUCACGAACGCGCUUGAUUGGAGAAUUGGCGAUCUUGAUAUCGUGGCUGCUGGUGUUCUGGCAUCUUCCCCAGGCGUCAAUAUUGCGGAAAUCAUUGGAAGAGAAUGAAAAGUGGCGGAAGGGUACAGACAAUCACUUCUCUGAGAAGUGUCUUGAGCGCGUUGGAAUUAUUGGGAUAUCCUUGAUGGCCUCGCUCUCAGGCUUUGCGGCGGUGUCCUCGAUAUGGCAGACAUUUGGAGCGCGGUACAGACCGGUGGAGGAAGCAGACAUCACGCGCAAAGCCAAUUCGCUGAGUGUUACGGAAGAAUUGCUUGCGGCGAAACAGAGCCGCGUCAGGGCACUUCUACACAAGAUGAACAAUGGAACGUCACCCGUUGACCAAAAUGGCCUUAUGGGUCGCGUUUUGGGCGCCUUUGGUGGGUCCAACGAGUCCAGUGAGCUUCGAGCUCUACAAAUGGAGAUCGCCGGACUCGAGACAAUGCGCUUUGGUCUGUCCACCUCCCUCGCCAACAGUCAAUCACGACGCGCGAUCCAAGAACGCUCCAAAACCAAAACCGGCAAGAUCCUCCUCGGCUUCAACACCGUCUUUGCCGUCUACUGUGCCUACCGCAUUGGCGCAACCCUCGUCUCGUCGCUCCGCCGCCGGUGGCAACCAUCCCAUAACUUCGCCACCAGCGACCCAAUCAACAACAUCCUCGCCCUCAUGACAUCCCACUGGGACAGCGAACUUGACCGCGCUGCCUGGUCUAGACAAUUCAGCUUCCUCCUCUCCGGCGUCAUGCUACUAGCAUCCUUCAGCGCCGUCCUCCAGACCUUCCGGCUCUUCGCGCGGUUCGCGCCAGGACUAGUCGAGCACGCACAAACCAGCCUGCCAUUGAUCAUAUCGCAGGUCGCGGGCACAUAUGUCAUCGCAUCCGCGAUUUUACUGGGGAGCAAUUUGCCUGAAGAUAUAAGCAGUGUGGUCACGGAUGCGCUGGGUACUCCACUCGAGGCAUUGUUCGUGGAGACGUGGUUUGAGGGUUGGUUCCUUGUCGCUGUGGGACUCACGGCAGUGGGGAUCUGGCUGGGGAGGAAAUUUGGGAGCGGAGCGGGCAUGGAUGAUGAUGCGUGGGACGACGACGGGAAGAGUGGUGGUGGGAAGAGGAGCUGA